AUAGCUGAGCCAGUUUGCAUUGAAGCCCCUGCAGUUACCGGAUAAUAAGCCGCCAAUAGUUUCUGUUUCUGACACUCUUUAAUACGGCAGGUGACUAAUUGGCUGCAGUUGCUAUGCCACCUGUACACAUGAACUAAACUCACCUCCUCAUUUGUGCACCUUUAUCUUUCUCCUUGUGCUUAUUCAUCCUUGUUUUGGGUUGCUAGCUGACGAAAGGCCCAUAAAACACAGCUCUAUUUGUGAUGUGAAGACAAUGCACUUGCCUCGGAAGCGUCAGAGGCCCAAAUCUGAACGCUCGGUCAAACCCUGUGAUUAUCGAGUGCGUCAGCACACAGGGGGGGGGGGGGCAGCAACAAUGUUGCCAAAGCCAUGGACAACCUCCUGUCCAUCACUAGGAUCACGUACUGCACCAUUGUUUAUAAGGACCGCCUGGAGAUGUAUCUCACUGACCAGAGAAAGGCAUCUGGGGUCUGGAGGCUGAUGCAGUUCUUAUUGACGGCUCUCAGCAGCCAGACACACUGUCACUGUUAUCAGCAAUUAAGCAGAGUAUUACAGCUCUAGUUAUCAUUUAGCAGGAGGCCUUGUUAGGCCUUUGGAGUAGGUUCUGUAAGUGGGAAUGUUUUGUGUUUCCUAAAGAAACUUUGUAUUUUAAGAAGCUGAGAGGUUCUCACUGGAAGGCUGUAUCAACCUGAAGACAAGAGAAAGAUGGAGUGCUGGAGCUUUCCUGUGGUCGUUCUGCUGGUCAGCACAGCUCGGAUGGCCACAGCCAUUUCCACAGACCCCAGCGUUACUUCAGGGCUCGUUACAGCUACUGGCAGCUCUUUACUAAGCACAGAUACAGCCUCAAGUGUCGGGACUACACCACUGGCUUCAAAUGCUGCUACAGGUACUUCUAGAACCACAGCUUCAACUGGGGCGACGACUGUACUUGGGACCAUUGCAACUUCUAGUACCGCCAUGGUUUUGACCACGGGCCUCAGCGGAACGACAUCAAGCGCUGCCUCCACAACCCCUGCCAGCACCACAGCCGACCCAACAACAACAGCUUCUCAAACCAGUAGGGCCUCCACAACGGCUUCCUCCAACCAAGCCACCUCCAGCACUUUGGCCGCAUCAGCCAGCAGCAGCACGGUGACCACCGUAACCGUAAUCAAUGGCAAUGUGACCACAGCCUCAAACUCCGCUGGGAAUUCAACGCUGGCAUCCGCGUCCUCCAUCCUGCACUGCAGGCAGCCUCUCUCUGCAGGUGCCCUGGUGUUCAUGCUGUGGUUCAUGCUGUGCCCAGAGCAGCUGGUUUGGUGAAGCUCCCCACCACCUACUGUGUGAUCAGUAGCAAUAAAAUAUAACAAGCACUUUCCUCUUUUCCUUGUAAAAAAUGUAUUUU